CUGGGCGGAGUUUCAUACCGAACCAGACGCUCCUUUUGUCGGAUUCGUUUCGACCUGACUCCCCGGGGUUUACGGCUAAAAAACAGAUACUUAAAUACAAUACAAUCGCUUAACACGAGCACAUCGCAAAUCUAUAGGAUCAUCCGCACCUGGAUAUUGAAAAAGCCACUUGGCCACUGAGGUGUCAAGUUGGAGUUUACCCAACUGUCAUCAUGAAUGGCAGCACCAGCGUGUCUGGCACCCAGACUGCACGAAUCAAAACUGAGCCGGUUGUAGAUACAUGGAGCAAAGAGGAAUGUCUGACACUGUUGGAGAGGAUUCGCAGUCAGCUGCCUGAUGGAGAUGGUAUGAAAUAUAAAACUACAGAGUCUCAUUUUGACUGGGAGAAGGUGGGCUUUGGGCCUUUCAGUGGAGACAUGUGUAAGCAGAAAUGGCAGAAGGUUUCAACAGAGGUCCGUAAAUACAGAACAAUGACGGAGAUUAUUGUUGAUGCAAUCGAAUUCGUGAAGAACCCUUACAAGGGGAAAAAAUUAAAGACACACCCAGACUUCCCAAAGAAACCUCUCACGCCAUACUUUCGCUUCUUCAUGGAGAAGCGUGCCAAAUAUGCAAAAAUACACCCUGAGAUGAGCAACUUGGAUCUCACCAAGAUUCUGUCCAAAAAAUACAAAGAACUGCCUGAAAAGAAAAAGCUCAAGUACAUUCAGGAGUUUCAGAAAGAGAAGGAGUCUUUCGAGAAGAACAUGGCAAGAUUCAAGGAGGACCAUCCAGAUUUAAUAGAGGAAAGAAAAAAAUCAGACCUUCCAGAGAAACCCAAGACCCCUCAGCAGCUGUGGUACAACCAUGAGAAGAAGACCUACAUGAAAAUUCACCCAGAUGUUAGUCAGAAGGAGCUGAAGGAAGCAUUACGCAGACAGUGGUCCCAGCUCCCGGACAAGAAGAGGCUGAAAUGGAUCAGCAAAGCUCUUGAACUACAGAAACACUAUGAGGACAGCAUGAGAGUGUAUUUUGAAGCUCAUCCAGAAGCAAACUCAGACGAACAUGUUAAGUCUGUCCUGACCAAGGCUGAACGACAACUCAAAGACAAGUUUGAUGGCCGGCCAACCAAACCACCACCGAACGGUUAUUCUCUUUACUGUGCUGAGCUAAUGGUGAACAUGAAGGAUGUGCCAAGUACAGAGCGAAUGGUUUUGUGCAGUAAACAGUGGAAGAUGAUGACCCAGAAAGAGAAGGACAUGUUCCAGAAACGAUGUGAACAGAAAAAGAAACAGUAUGAGAUUGACCUUCAAAGAUUUAUUGAGAGUCUUCCAGAAGAGGAGAGGGACCGUGUGUUAUCGGAGGAGAAGCUAGGACACACCAGGCUAAACAUAGGGGGUGCCGGCAGCCCCCUGAGGGCCAAGUCCCCAUCUGUAAAGGUGGAUCGGUGUCGUGACCCUGAGCUAGAUCAAUGGGUGCAUCAAUCCCCCAAAGAAAAGCGAGACAAUAAGAAGAAAACACGGCUUCCUGAAACUCCCAAGACUCCGGAGGAGAUGUGGCAACAGAGUGUUAUAGGAGACUAUCUAGCUAAAUACAGGAAUGAUCGGAAGAAAGCUCAAAACGCAAUGGAGGCCGCUUGGAAGGCCAUGGAAAAAAAGGAGAAGAUUCCCUGGAUCAAGAAGGCUGCUGAGGACCAGAAGCGAUACGAGGUUCAGUACCGGACCGUGAGAGAGCUGUUAGAGAUGAGAACUGUUCUAUCAGGACAGGGCCAAAGAAAACCAAAAUUUGAUGGAGAACCCAAGAAACCCCCUGUGAGUGGCUAUCAAAUGUUCUCUCAGGAACUUCUGACCAAUGGCGAGCUGAAUCACUUCAGCCUAAAGGAGCGCAUGGUGGAGAUCGGCAAACGGUGGCAAAAACUUAAUCAGAUUCAUAAGGACAAAUAUAAGAAACAGGUGGAAGAGCAACAGCUCGAGUAUAAAGCCGAACUUGAAGCCUGGGUGAAGUCACUUUCUCCUCAGGAGCGUGCAGUUUAUAAAGAGUUCUCCACUACAAAAAGGCGAAGCACAACAAAAGCACAGGGUCCUGGGGCAAAAGUCCGAGUCACCAAGGGGAAGGCGGUAGGUGCCAGAUCCACGACGGUGGGUGUCGGGGGGGGCAAGCGUUCCAUGGCGUACCGGGGCAAGCAGGAAACAUCGGAAUCAGAUGAAGAUGAUAAAACGGACACUUCAGACAGUGACGAUGAUGAUGAAUCGUCUGGCAGCACAGAUAGUGAUGAUGAAGAUGAUGAUGAUGAGAAUGAAGAAGAUGAUGAAGAUGACGAAGACCAAUCAGAUGCUUCCAGCAGCUCAUCAACAGAAGACAGUAGUGACUCUGAUUCAGAUUAACCAAUGGCACCCCCUCAUAGAGGGGGCUGUGCCGGACACACCCCCUAUACAACACCCCUCCUAUAAAACAAGAGGAGGGACAACAGCUGUGAGCUAGCAGCAAACUGGCUCCCUAUUUGAACAGGGCAGGAGAGAAGAUGAGGACCCAUCUUUUUCUCUCUCUAUUAUGACAGACUCAAAAGUCAGUCAGAUUUUUUUUCUUUUAAAGGAGCUGUGUUACUUGUGUGGUAAUUGCAACAAUUUUUAUCGCCUUUAUAUAGGUGUGUUAUUAAAAUCUGUGUUGACUUGUUUGUUUUUUGUUCUUUUUUUAUUUUAACUUGAAAAUAAUUAAUUUGAUUCAGCCGGUUGAGCUUUUAAACAUUUUGAAAACAUCAGGGUUGUUCAGAGCUGGUUGUUAGGGGUGAGAGACUUUGAAACGGAGGUGAUGGAUCCUUCUGUUUAUAUUUGUUUGACUCGGACAGUUGCUGGGUCUGCGGUAUGAGGGCUAUACGAGCUGCUCCAGUCUUGUUUGGAUCGUUCUGUUGCAGAUCCUCCAUAAUAAAUGCACUUUUUUUCUCUUGUA